UCAAUUCGAACGUUGCUACUUCUUCGCUCGUGCUCUUUCUCAAGCGCAUAGCUAAGGCCAACGGACUCGGACGUUCCUGGGCUGUUGUGUGAGAGUUGUGACGCAGUGCAGUGGCCCCUUCCAAAGACAGUGUGCACGAAUCAGAUUCUUGCUGGACAUCCCGCUCACAAGAAAACCUCUUUAUGCUGUCCACUCCAAUCACAUCGGUCUCGUGCUUCAUCGAAUGUUGCGGCUUAGGUGACUUUCAGUUGUAGUGGCGACUUUGGAACGAUCCUUAGUUUGGUUCAAUUGUUCGCGCCCCGUUUGGAUGUCUGCCACGUGACAUGUGGACUGGAUAGAAAAUACUUGAACCCGCGAGAAUAACGCUUUGCGUGGGACAAUACAAGUUGUAUUAUAUUAAGUGUUUUUACAAGUGCUAGACGUGGUUCAAGACGUAUGAGAAACUAUGGAAAUUUCCGAGUGGCUAUUGUGACGUUGGGAUUUAAAAUGGUAUUGGAAUAUUUGACUUUAGCGUUGACGCUAAGAAUAAGAUCCCGCUGCUCCAAUGAUGAAAUUAUUGGCCGGAGUCGAGGAGGUGAGCGACGAAAAUUCGAAGAAUUCGGAUGAUCACCACGUCCGUACCAAUAAGUCCCACGAGAAACAAAGCACUCAGUUAAUACAGGAAGCUGCAAAAACACUGGUAAAAAAGACAAAGCAUGAGGAAUCUGAGGAUCUUGCGGAUUCGCCAAUACAUGGCAAAGUGACGCCGGAGGAUGAGGAACAAAUGCGACAGUUACUUCCUUUCGAAAAGGCACCGGUGUAUCUACAAUUCAAUCCCUUUAUUCUACAUGGAUAUAGGGGAUAUCUAACCACUAAAUUAUGUUUAGAAAGAAAGAAACAGUCUUACGUUUCUCAACACGUGUCGUUUGCUUGCAGCAUAUUCUGGUGGACGAAUGAAACUAUAAACAUAUGGAGUCACAUAUUUGGAUGGAUGCUCUUCCUGGGACUCACGUUGUACGAUCUCUGUUUGUUAAACAUUCACGCACCUUUUGGCGAUAAGCUCAUCGUUGCGCUGCUGCUUAUUUGUUUUCAGGCAUGCAUGAUCCUAUCUUCUAUGUACCACACGUUCUCGUGUCGCAGUGAAAAGGAUUACUGGUGCUUUUUGUCCUUCGACCUUUUUGGCAUCGCACUCAGUCUCUUGGCAAUUUAUAUGUCGGGUGUUUACUAUGCCUUCUGGUGUCACAAAGAUUUACAACAGUUCUAUCUGAUAACUGUACUGCUGAUAUUUGUCGUAGCUAUGCUAUUGCAAGUACCAAGGUUCAAUGUCAAUGGUAAUGUUAAAUUAAUUGUAUUUGUCGCCUGGGCGGCCUAUGGGGUAUUGCCAACGUUACAUUGGAGCAUCGCCAUGGGCGGUAUGGAAAAUCCUAUGGUCAGGAUGCUGUUGCCGAGGGUGCUCGGCAUGUACGUCAUUAGUGGCGGUGCUUUCCUGAUAUAUUUGAGUAAAGUGCCUGAACGCUUUUUCCCAGGUUGGGUCGAUUAUGUGGGGUCCUCGCAUCAAUGGUGGCAUGCACUUGUUGUCUUAGCUCUUUAUUAUUGGCACAAUACCGGUAUGCUCUAUGUUGAGUACAGACUGAACCAUGGAUGUCCUACUAAUAUGAGAUUAUGACAUGAGGAGUCUGACGACCAAUCAGCUCCAUUUUUUGCCAUGGAAUGUGCCUGUGCGAUGGAGUUAGGUAUUUGGCCGUCAUGGUGGUAUCAGGAAUUACCAUUUUAUGCUACGAAGCAUAUAGCCACGUGUGUAAUGGAGAAUCCUCUCUGGGUUUAUGUGAGGCGGAGAAGAUUGUGAUACGAUGUUGUAGCAAUUAGGUCUUAUGGGGAAAUUUAACGUGGAGGAGUACACGGGUCACUCACCUAUAUUAAGUGGAACGAAUUAUUCAGGCUUGCAGUUUUCGAAUCUCGAUACCUAAUCGAUAAUAUACGAUUGGUAUAAUUUUAAAAAUUUAAUUCUAGUUUUAGAAAAUAUCGUCUUUCUGCGAAGUGUUUAUGACAAUUAAUGUGCGGGUAAUACGUAGGAUAAUUUUUUUCUUUUGCAAAAUCCCUGCAUUAAGUGAGCAUUGAUUGUACAUUAUCUGCCUUCUUUAUUUAAUUAGUUUAUGAACGGUAUUUAUUGAAAUGUGCAAAUUAUGUGCAAAAAUUAGUGUUUCGAACAAUGUGUAAUGUUAUCGUUGACGGUGUUCAGUAAAAUAUAUAUAUUUAUAUAGAAAGAAAAUUCGAGGUAUCAUGAAAUCUACUUUACCGAUUACUGUUAUAUUAUCAAUGGUCAUCGUGCUGAAAAUAAUCCGUGGUAAAAUGCUUCAGUCCCUUGAGGAAUGUCAGAUGGCGACACAAUAUAUCUUUUAGCCACGACGGUUACUACAUGUACAAUUAACUGCGAAAAAAAUACAAGGCCAAAGUCAAUGUGCCAGAAA